AGCAGCAGCAGGAGCAGCAGCAGCAGCAGUACGUUUUGGCUUUGGCUUUUGGUUCAGUGCGCGAUUAGAGGAGUUUGCGUGUGGCCGAGUAAGAGAGAGCCUUGUCAAUAGCAAAGCAAAGCCAAAAACAGUGCCAACCGAGACAGACAUAGCCAAAACGGGAACGGCCCUUCGAUUAGGCACCUAAAUAGUGUUCAUUUUUCUUCUGUGCGUGCGGGUGUGUGUGUGUGUGUUCAUUUGUUUGUAUUUAUGCUAUAAACAAAUUAACAAGGCAGACUAGCAAAAAUAUCGAUAAAUACACAGUAAAUAGUGCAUAUCAAACGACAACAGUCGAAGUAGCUUUUGCAAUAACAGUUUGACAACGACUGCGCUGCUGCUGUUGGCAGCGAGCAGCGGACAAUGAACUCGACAAUGCAAAUCGCUCACUAAUUCACAAACAAACACUAAUACUCUCACACUCACUCUGGUGCUCUCGCACUCACACUCAUACUCUUCUCGUAGAUAUGUAUGCAUUUGCAUAACGGUUCACAACGUCAACAACGGCAGCAAUGGCCACAGCGAUGCUGCGUUUGAGCGCAAGGACAACGAAACAUUUGACAAUUGAGAAUCAAAUGAGCUAAGAGCUAAUUAUUUACAUUCACAUACACAUUUACUUGAGGAAAAUAAAAUGUAAAAACAUGUCCGCUCUACGCUUUCCGUUUCCGUUUCCGGCAUGCACAGCAAAUAACAAGGAGCAACAGCAGGAACAGCCAGAAGAGGACAAACUUAACAGUUGCCGCAUCUUGCGUUUAUCGUAGUUCCGUGGACUGUCACACACACAUAGUCCAACAUUCAUAUACACACACUCAAAACAAAUUUGCAUUGAAGUUGUGAAGAGCACGAAAAUUUUGCCAAAGGGGAAUAAAACUGAAAAUUCAAAAUGGGCAGCCUGCCGAAUUUGCAUGAGCUGGAGGAGGCGGAACGAAAGAGGGAGAAACGUCGAGAAUACGAAUUGUUGUUGGAGCAGCGUGCAAGGGACACGAGUCGUGAGUGCGAACGCUUAUCGGUAUUUGCCCAACAGCGUAAGCAAUCCUCGUACAAUGCUUAUAUUAUGGCUGGCCUGGGCAUCGGCGGCAUCAGUGGUGGCGGCGGCUCGCUGAGUCUUGCCACAACGGCCAAUGGCUAUGGUAAUGGACACAUAGAGCUGGCUAAUGGGAUAACAAGUCCUACAACUGCUGCAGCAGGAACAGCGGCCACAGAGACAACAACAUCAGGCAUAGAGACAACAACAACAUCGUCAACAACUGCAACAGCAGCAGCAGCAGCAGCAACAGCAACAACAACAACUACAACAACGCUGAGUGGUUUUGCCAUGCUGGGCUUGGCUAGCAGUCUGAUGAACAGCAAGAAAUAUCCGCAUUCCUAUCAUCAGCACAUGCAUCCGCACCAGCAUUCGCACCCGCAUCCGCAUCCGCACCCGCAUCCGCAUCCACAUCCGCAUCAUCAGCAUCGACAUUCGCUGACCACGCGGCAUCGCGUGCUGCGCACUCGGACACGCAGCUCGGGCGGCCCACAGAAUGUGUGGGACGAGCAGCUGAUGGAGCACCUGACUGCCUACUCACCGUCACCGAUCUCGACGCGUUCGCAUCGCAUCAAUCCCGUCUCCUCGUACCAGGUGCAGGCGGCAUUGGCGGCAUCGCGACGUCGCGAAUCGAUCAACAGCUCGAUUGGGGCCACCUCGAUACGCCGCCUGAUCACGCUGAACAAUCGCAACUGCCGCCACAAGGUGCCCGCCCACGUGCGCCAGAGGGUGUGGCGGCAGUUCACCUGCCUGAGCAUCGCCCACGGCCUGAUGAGCGCCGUUCUGCUGCCGGUGAUGGCCUUGCAGGGCUCCAGCGCCGUCUGGCACCAUCGCGAGCAGUGGCUGCCCAUCGGGCCGAACAUUGGAUCCCUGCUGCUGGGCGCACUCUUCCUGGUCGCCGCCUGCAUGAGUGUGCCGGGCAUACGGCUAAUCCGGCGAUUCGGCUAUACCCCGCUGCUGGCCGGGAACUGCUUGGCCGUGACCUUGUUCCUGCUGUCGCACCUGUAUGCCUCCAUCUAUACGCUGCUGCCGGCAUACUUGCUGCUGGGCUUCAUGCUAAGCGCCGCCAACAGCUGCAAGGCGGCGCUGAUUGUCCACUAUGGCGGCAAGCUGAGCUGCUCCCACGAGCAGGAGUGCGCGUCGGAUGCGCUGCUGGAGGAGCACAAGAUGUUCUGCAAUCGGGACCAGAAGGUGCGUCGCUUGGCCCGUUGGCUGCGCGCUGCCCAGGAUCUCGGCCUGAUCCUGGGCGCCCUCUUGGCCUCACUGCUGCUCGCCUGCAAUGCGAACGACUGGAGCUGCUCCUCGGGCAGCGCCGAGCCAACCGGCUCUAAUGGCAGUCUCCUGCCCGCCACCAAUUGGCCACAGCCGGAGGACUUCUACAAUCGGAACGAGCAUGGCGAACGCAUCUGUGGAGCCGACAUGUGUCCGCUGCAGCUGGAUCCCAGCUGGUUUGCUGCCAAUGACACGGGCGCCAUCUAUGCCGGCUUCAUUGAGAGCGGCUCCCGUGCUGGUGGCCAGUCGCUGCUCUGGCUCUACGUGGUGCUCUCGCUGCUGGCGCUGCUGUUGUCCCUGCUCCAGGGACGUCAGGUUCUGGUGGCCGCCAACAGGCCGGAACGCUCGCACAAGGAUGUCACGGACACGCUGCUCUUUGCCGGACCGUUGGCCUACUUCGUGGGCACCGAACAGGGCUACAUGCUGGGCGACUUUCUGCGCGCCUUUGUCUCCUGCUCCCUGGGCAUCAACAUGAUACCGGGCGCCCUCAUCGGCAUGGGCAUAAUGCAGCUGAUCGUCUCCUGCACGCUGAGCAUGCUGCUCCGGCAUACCAAGCGCAUCGUGGUCAUAUUGGCUGGCUUCUUCUUUCAUUCGUGCUUGCUGCUGGCGCUGUCCAGCUGGAAGCCGUCGAGCGACGAUAGCGCCCUCUUCUAUGUGAUAGCCGCCUCGUGGGGCGCCUGCAAUGGCAUGUGGGAGACGCUGCUCCUCUCGCUGGUCACCCUCAAUCAUGUCCAGCACGAUCAUGUGACGGAUGUGACGGCACCUCUGCAAUCGAUGCGCUUCCUCGGCCUGGCCAUCACGUUUGCGGCGCACGGCUUCCUCUGCGAAUCGGUGAAGAUCAUUGCGCUCGUCGUCCUGCUGGUGAUCAGUGUGCCGCCAUAUGCGAUGCUGGAGAUACGCCUGGAGGCGCAGCGGAAGGCGACGCUGAUCAGCUUAUGACGCAGCUACUUCAGCUAGUCCCGGAGCCGGGGCACUGUGGCACGCACGCACACCAUGUAACCAUCGGGGGCGGUGUACCGCAGGCUGACUGACUGACUGAUCGAUCCCGUCGAUCAGCAGCUAUAAUGCCCCAUCCAGAACGGAGCAAAGACAUAUUCGAGUUCUCUCAAUGCAAACAGUAUUCAGAAAGAUGAGACAGAGAUAGAGUAGGAGCCGGAGAGAGAGAGAGGGCAGAGUUGGAGGGCGAGAAAGAGAGAAGCGGAGAGAGAGAGAGAGGGAGAGAGGAAGUUUAUCAAAGUUUGAUCUCAGUCGCACUCUUAGUCCAAGUCCAUACACUGUUUAUAUAUCAAUAUAUACACCUACUUAUAUAUACCCUAUACAAACACAUACAUACAUAUAUAUACAUAUAUAAUCUAAUUGAAACAUAUGCCAGUGCCAACAAUGUUGUUCCAAAUCUUUACCACGAAAUUUGGACUAAGCCACGCGGUCCAGGGUCUAUCGUAUCGUAGUUGAUCUAUUUAGCAUAUUAGAAGCGUUCUUCUCUGUCUGUUUCCCAUGGAUAAUACUUAGGCUUAGCUUCAAGAAUUGUAAUGGAUAUUUUUAAGUGACUAUUCUGUGCCAUCUAAACUAAAUAUAUGUAUAUAGUGUAUACAGAUAUAUAUAUAUAUAUAUUAACUGUAUUCCUCGAUGUAUGUACAACUACGUCUAAAUCUAACCUAAACCAUGUUUCUUAACGAACGAAAAACCAAACUAAAAUGAAUCUAGAAAUCAUGUUCUGCAUUUCGUUUUCGAUUAGGGCAAUUCAGUACGACUAUAAAACUUCAGAACAAAUUUAGCUUUAUUCAGUUUUUCCAUAUAUAAAAAAUGGAUACAAAUGAAGGUAGAUCAUAUUGCUAUAUAAAAAUUGAAGUCAGUUUGGAUUUAGUUUUAAAAAUUAUUGCACUUUACUUUUUCGAAAAGUUGUAUUUUGGUUUUUUCAAUGAAAUCGAAAACGAAUUAUGGAUCAGAUUCUCAACUAUUAGCUCUGAAUUGCUGUGAAAUGGAUAGAAAAUUUGUUAGCUUCUAGAAUGUAUUUGGAUGUUUUGAAUCGUGUUGUCUCCAUAAUGUUGUUCUCGAUGUACUUAAAAGAUAUAUGUAUAAAUAUAGCAAUAGAUAUAUACGUUUGUCUAUUUGGGAUGAGAUUUCGUCCAAUUGGUCAAUUGACGAGGCGAGCCGAGAAGAGGAAGAAAAAGAAAAUAGAAAGAGAGAAAGGGAGAGGGAGAGAGAGAGAGGGGUGAUAUGCUGAGCGAACUUUCCAUAUAUUACCAUCUGUUUCCCAAAACUAUCCAAUAAUUAAAAAAAAAGUAUAAAAGUAUAGAAGAAGUUAUAAAUGUACAAUCGCUAGGAUAGCACAGGUGAAAUCCUAAGAUCUAAGAACAAUGUUAACAUUUUAUGCAGAACAAAAGAGAAAAACAAAACUUUUUAGAAAACCAAAAAGAAAAAUUAUAUAAAUAAAUAGAUUUUUGUAAUUGAGACUUUAUAUGGACAGCUAACGGAUCAGGAAUGUUUGUGGUUAAAGUAUUCAAGAUUGAACUCUAUAGAAUUUGAUUCUUUUUUUUUCUAGGCAACACCUAGAUAAUAUACACAAGUUAAAGUAAAUGAUAAAAAAAUACACAGUGAUAAAUAAAUUGAAAAAAAAAAACACUAAUUAAACUAGAG